GACUCCAGUGGAAACAUAGCCACUGACUUCAUGCAUUGGUCUGCCAAUGCCUGAAGUCCAACUGUAUUUUUUAAAUGUUAUAUCAUUAACUUUUCUAGUUUAUAAAAAUGAUAUAAAUAUAUUACUAAACAUUUUAUGUUAUCCAAUAUUAUAUACAUUAUUUCUGUUGUGUUGAAGACUCUUCACGACGUUUCACACUCUAUUCCUUGAGUGAAAUUUAGUUCGUGCACAGAUGCGCACUCAGCCAGUGUGUGAUUUCACUGUUGUGCUAGACUUUCUUUGACGCCGUGAGAUGCUGACGAGUUGGCGACAUGCAUACAAUAGCAUAACUACUUCGAUUACACAAUUAGGAACCGGCCCCAGCUCGACAGAUGCAACCGUCGCCCAGGGCGGACCCCCGGGUACCAAACACUGGCCCGUUGCGACCGUUCACUCCUCCGGAUCUUCCCUCGAUCCCUCAUAUGGAUGGCACGCCCUUGCAGAACAAUCUUCAUAACGAGAACUCGAGUCAGGAUGGUCCCGUCAGCGGAGAACCCGAGGAGCAGGUCACUGACUCCAUCGAAGCUAUUGGGCCUUAUAUCAUCGGUAGUCCCAUUGAUCUGGGUGACAUCGAUAACGUCGAUAAUAUCGGUGCACGUUUGCAACGUCUUAAUCGUGGCCGAAGAAGGACACGGGAACACAUCGAACUUCAGGAAACUGAGCCCGGCGAGAUAGCAGCACCAGUUGGUGCCAACAGAGCCGAAAAUGGUGGAUCCCAGGUUGAGGGUCAAACUCCACCUCAUAUUCAGGAGGAUCAAGACGAAAGGAUUGUCUUCGUCAAUGCACCACAUCAACCGGCCAAGUACAAAAAUAACCACAUAACAACAGCGAAAUAUUCCAUCUUGACGUUCGUACCAUCAUUCUUGUUCGAGCAAUUUCGCCGUUACAGCAAUUGCUUCUUCCUUUUCAUCGCGCUUAUGCAGCAAAUACCAGACGUAUCACCAACUGGACGAUAUACAACUCUUGUACCGCUGAUCUUUAUCCUGAGUGUAUCCGCCUUGAAAGAGAUCAUCGAGGACAUUAAACGACACAGAGCCGACGACGAGAUAAAUAUGCGAGAAGUUGAAGUACUUAGAGAUAGCCGUUGGCAAUGGAUACAGUGGCAUGCAGUGGCAGUUGGUGACGUUGUCAAGGUCCACAACAAUAAUUUCUUCCCAGCUGAUCUGAUUCUGCUCUCCUCCUCUGAGCCGCAGGGUAUGUCCUUCAUCGAAACGGCUAAUCUAGAUGGCGAGACAAAUCUGAAAAUAAGGCAGGCUGUUCCCGAUACUGCUGUUUUAUUGGACACUGCGGAAUUGAUGAAUUUUCGCGGCAAUAUUCAAUGUGAACCGCCAAAUAGACAUCUUUACGAAUUCAACGGUGUACUACGUGAAUCAAAUAAGCAGAGCGUGUCCUUGGGUCCUGAUCAACUGUUGCUACGUGGUGCCAUGUUGAGGAACACCAAAUGGAUCUUUGGUGUAGUCAUAUACACGGGACACGAUACUAAACUGAUGCGCAAUAACACAAGUGCAGCGCCGUUGAAAAGGUCAACACUCGAUCGUUUAACGAAUACGCAAAUAUUAAUGUUGUUCUUUAUACUACUCCUACUGUGUCUCAUUUCCACGAUCUUCAAUGCCAUUUGGACCAAUGCUAAUCGACAGGGUCAUUGGUACUUGGAUCUGCAUGCUUCUCACAAAUUUUCAGAGGCAAUGACCAAAAAUUUUGCCUUUAAUCUCCUGACGUUUAUUAUUCUAUUCAAUAAUCUAAUACCAAUCUCACUGCAAGUGACUUUGGAAGUGGUGCGCUUUGUCCAAGCAACAUUUAUCAAUAUGGAUAUUGAGAUGUAUCAUGCAGAGACAGACACGCCUGCGAUGGCACGCACUAGCAAUCUUAACGAGGAGCUCGGUAUGGUCAGCUAUAUUUUUACAGAUAAAACUGGUACGCUCACACGGAACGUAAUGGAGUUUAAGCGAUGUUCGAUCGCUGGUAAAUUAUACGAUUUGCCUAGUCCUGCGGCAGAGAAUAUAAAUGAUCAAAUACCUAACAGCGAAUUGGUUAACGAUAUAAUGAAAGGCAGAUCUAAGGACGAAAAUUCUCGCAUCAGUGAUAUGAAAGCAUUCAAUUUAUUUGCCAUUUUACAUGAAUUUAUGGUAAUGCUGUCGGUUUGUCACACAGUUAUUCCUGAAAAAUUGGAUACGGGUGUUGUUUAUCAUGCCGCAUCUCCAGAUGAAAGAGCUCUUGUGGAUGGUGCACGAAAAUUCGGCUAUAUUUUCAACACGCGCACACCAUCUUAUGUAGAGAUCUUGGCGCUCGGCGAAACACAGCGCUAUGAAAUUCUCAACGUAAUCGAAUUUACAUCUACUAGAAAAAGAAUGUCAGUAAUAGUGCGAACUCCUGAAGGAAAGAUCAAACUGUUCUGCAAGGGUGCGGAUUCAGUUAUCUAUGAGAGACUGGCGUCACGACCUGGGAACACUAGUGUUCCUAAUAACGAAGGCCUAGAUGACUUUCGCGAGAGCACCCUUAGUCACCUGGAGAGUUUUGCUACUGAAGGACUGAGAACUCUGUGUUUUGCAGUUGCAGACAUUCCAGAAAAUCGUUAUCAGUGGUGGCGAGAAAUUUACCACAAAGCUUCCAUCAGCGUGGUGGAUCGCGAAGCUAAACUGGAGGAUGCUGCAAAUCUUAUCGAGACAAAGUUAACUUUAUUGGGAGCCACUGCGAUAGAAGAUCAACUUCAGGAAGGGGUACCAGAGACAAUACAGUCUUUAGUGCAAGCUGCAAUAAACGUCUGGGUCUUAACAGGUGAUAAACAAGAAACUGCAAUUAAUAUUGGCUACUCCUGCAGACUUAUUACACAAGCGAUGCCUCUCAUUAUAGUAAAUGAGUAUUCGCUUGAUAAAACGCGGGAGGUCAUAAUACAGCACUGUUUAGAUUUUGGACAAGAUUUGAGGUGCCAAAACGAUGUUGGCUUGGUAAUAGAUGGUAACAGUCUGAAAUAUGCACUGUCGUGUGACCUCAGAAGAGAUUUUCUAGAUUUAUGCACUUCCUGCAAGGUUGUGAUUUGCUGUAGAGUUUCUCCAAUGCAGAAAGCUGAGGUCGUUGAUCUUAUCACAAGUAACACAAAAGCCGUGACGCUCGCAAUUGGUGAUGGGGCAAAUGACGUAGCUAUGAUUCAAAAAGCCCAUAUCGGUGUUGGUAUUUCAGGAGUGGAAGGACUUCAAGCCGCUUGUGCUUCGGAUUAUUCCAUAGCGCAGUUUCGUUUCUUAAAACGAUUAUUACUCGUACACGGUUCUUGGAACUACAGUAGAAUGUGCAAAUUAAUUUUAUAUUCGUUUUAUAAAAAUAUUUGUCUUUACGUCAUUGAAUUAUGGUUUGCCAUUUAUUCCGGCUGGUCCGGUCAGAUUCUGUUCGAAAGGUGGUCCAUUGGUCUUUACAACGUGGUAUUUACUGCGGCACCACCAUUGGCUAUGGGCUUGUUUGAUAAGGUCUGUUCAGCAGAGACACAUCUCGCCCAUCCAAGAUUAUACGCAACUAGGAACACCGCAGAAUCUAUGUUCAAUAUAAAAGUAUUUUGGGUAUGGAUAAUAAAUGCUCUCGUCCAUUCGUCACUACUCUAUUGGUUACCCUUGUUGGCAUUGGAACAAGACGUAAUAUGGAGUAACGGCCGUGACGGUGGUUAUCUCGUUCUAGGAAAUGUCGUUUAUACAUAUGUCGUAGUGACUGUAUGCGGCAAGGCUGGUCUCAUCACGAAUUCUUGGACGUGGGUUACACAUUUAGCUACUUGGGGUUCUAUUAUAUUAUGGUUCUUAUUUAUACUCAUGUACAGCAAUUUUUGGCCUGCGUUAAACGUUGGCGCUGUUAUGCUAGGCAAUGACAGAAUGCUUUUCACGUCACCCGUAUUCUGGCUGGGACUAAUUCUUAUACCACCGGCAGUGCUGCUUCUGGAUGUUACAGCAAAGGCGGUGAAAAACACAAUGUGGAAGUCGGUCACGGAAGCAGCUAGGGAACAAGAAAUACGAAAAUCUGAUCCUGGUGAUAUAUUCAACAGUCAAGAUUACAGGAGCUCGAGAUCGAGCUCAAGGAAAUGGCGGUUUAUUCGGCUACGGGUCUGGCCAUCACGAAGACGAAGUAGGAUGAGAAUGUUCCCGUUCCUGUUUGUGGCACGUGGUUCAUGGUUCCCGCAUCGUCCAGACCAUACACCUACCGUUUAAAUAAUCAUCCCAGAAAUCCGUCUAUCCCAAGAUCCAAGUCACGGGUUCCAAAUCCCCGCCAAUUAUUCAUACGUUAGAAUGGGUAUACUUAAAACGAAAUCAAUGCAAUGAUAACGCGUAGACGCACUUUUUCAUUUAAUCAUUUCUCAUUAGAUCACGCACGGUAGAUCACUACUAAUUGAAUCAAUUAAUCAGAUAAAGAUAUAAGUAUUAUAGUCCAACGAUUACUUAUGCGAUUAGUAUACCGAUUACUCGACGUCAUUUACAGUAUUACAGUGUACUCGUCACUGUGAUUAAUUUUCGACAUGAAUGCCUUAAUAAUUUAGUUAAUCGUCAAAACGUAUGAAUUUAUUUUUUUUCCUAUAACUUUUAGUACCUUAGGGCUGUGCUCUUUGGUACCGCUAAUUUAUUAAUGUUAUUGUUACUUAUUUUUUUAACUAUAUCCCAAUCUAAGUGAAGUAUGCAUACUUAUAUUAGUCUAAGUAAUAAGGUUUCUAGAUACGUAUCUUAAAUGCUUAGUUAUUUGUGCAUACUGUUCUUCGAUUCUAAAAUGGCCUAGGUCUUAUAAACCGUAUCGAUCCUAGUAAACAAAUUUGCCUUGCAAUAAGCUGGUAAUAACGAUUCCAGAGAGCUUGCUUUCAAACGCUUGGAAAUUGAAACAAGAAGACUGUCAAGGUUUUUUUCAAGAGAGAGUCAAAAUGCUAACCAGUGGUAUAGCUCUACAUUUCAUAUACGAAUGGCACUUCGUAUUGUACGCGUGAAAAUAUUCAUAUAUCGAAUAUAGUAUGAUAUUGGGUAAUUACAAAGUAAAUUUUGCACAGGCAAAAGAUUGGCAUUCAGCUCAUACAGAGAAAAAUAAUUCGUGAAGUGAAUCGAAACGUAAUUGGCUCAACUAUUAAUUUAAGGAAUGUAUAUUUUUUGCUCGGGAAUUCAUUUAUUAUCCCAUGUGACCUUUUUGGCAUUGGUACUUUAAUUAUUCCUUCGAACUAAGUUUUCCUACCUAACUCCGGGGGGUUCAAGCCAGCGACCUUAUACCUAAAACGCACGCACAUGUUAUCCGCAAUGCUACCGAUCACUAGUGAUUUUUUGAGAAAUAAAUGUAAAAUUUUGAUGAACUGAAGAUUGUUGAAUGGCCGUUAUCAAGAAUUAAGAAAAGCCUCAAGAAAAGAUUUUCGUAAAUAAUGAGAAACGUGAAUAAUAAAGACAACUUGUACCAGUAAUUUUUAAGUAUUAUGAAAAAAAAGAAAAAAAAAUGAAAUAGCCAAGUGUUAGGAGCAGGUGUUUGCCAAGGUAAAAGCACAGUAAAAGCAAGAUUUAAAAGCAAGUCUUUGCUAAGGAACUGUCAAAGAUGUAGUCAAGGGUUAGGCGCAAGUAUUCGCUAAGGUAAUACAAGGUAAACUAUUCUCAAAGCUUGCAGGAUGCUUGCUUUUAACAACAAGUGUUUGAAAGCUUUUUACAAAAUUUGUGGCAAGUUUUUUUUUACAGUUUCAAGGGAUUUUCAAGCUAUACACAAGACUUUUGCAAACUAUUUUUUUUUCCUUGGGUAUUAGUACGCGGCGAUUUACAUCGGAUGCAAUAUCGACAAUCAAAGUGUGUGCCUUAUUUAUACCUAGAAAUCAUAUAUCUUUUAUCGCUACCUAAUCAGGCAAAUAUAGGGUGCGAUUGCACCCCGACCUUUUCAUGUGAUAAAAUCUUUUCCUGUCAACAGUGAAUUAAUAAAUGGGUACUGUAUUCUU